UUUACAGUAUAAUAUAAUAUAAUAGAUAGAAGAAGAAAUCCGUGAGCAGAUGUUUUGACCAAAAAAACAACCCCUUUAACUCAUCAUCACAACUUCCAUCGAUCAAACACAUACAUACAUAACACAGACACAGGGUUUUAGAUAUGAUUUACAUAUGUAGAAUCGACUUGAAUCAGAUCUCUUAAAUAUUAAAUAGAUGCAGUUGAAGUUAUGAGAUUAUAUAUUGUAGCAUCAGCACAAAGGCAAGAUGCCAUCUAAUUAUUUUUCAAGACUGAGAGGUUCAUUCAGACAAGGGAUCCAACGAUCCUAUGUUGUUUUAGAAGACAGUUUUGUGGACUCAUUGGGUGUCCUACCUGUACAAGGGAAGCUAUUAUAUAACAAGCCCGGGUUCUACUACAGAACAUUUGCAGCAUUCAGUGACCUGAAUAUUCUAUUCCAACGUGGCAAUCCUGUUGCCGCUCAGUCUAAUUUAAAGUCAACAAGUCAAGGAAAGAACCUUUCAGUUGUUGGAGCUGUUUCACGGACACUGUCAAUCCCUUCUGUGUCUGGGCCACCAUUUCAAGUUUGUGGAUAUCAUAUCGAUAAUUUGCUGACUGGACAUCACAAGUUGCCUAGGGCUCUGACCGGUUCUAAUGCUUUGCUUGGAAGAUAUUAUCCUAACAAGUCAACUGUUAGCCGGGGACACCUUUAUUCAUCAAAUGGCAAUUCUAGAGAGUUCCAUAAUGGUUGGCAGAUUAGCACGAGUUUGAGAAAUAAGGUGCAACCUGAUAGUUACUUCCUCCAUGGAUACUCCAAAACGAGCGUAUGUAUAGGUUCAGAAUGUGAGAACUUACACACCACAUCAGCUACAUGUUUAUCUGCAUCAACAGCUUCUGAUAUGUCCUUUGACCACUCUGUUUGUGAUGAUCAACAUGCUAGUUCCAUAGACUCCAAGGACAGGAUGGCUCCAGAAGGAAGAUCACUCAAGCUGCUUUCAGGAUCAUGUUCUCUGCCCCAUCCUGAAAAGGAGGAAACUGGCGGUGAGGAUGCUCACUUUAUUUGUUCAGACAAACGAGCUAUAGGUGUAGCCGAUGGUGUAGGCGGCUGGGUUGAUCAUGGCGUUGAUGCUGCGAUAUAUGCUCGAGAACUUAUGUUUAAUUCUCUAAGUGCAGUACAAGAUGAACCAACGGGUUAUACUGAUCCAGCCAGGGUAUUGGAAAUAGCUCAUGCUAAUACUAAAGCCAAAGGAUCUUCAACUGCAUGCAUUAUUGCACUCACUGAUCAGGGCCUUAGAGCCUUUAAUUUAGGUGACAGUGGGUUCAUGGUGAUUAGAGAUGGAUAUACUGUUUUCCGAUCCCCUGCACAACAACAUACUUUCAAUUAUACAUAUCAAUUGGCGAAUGGAGGUAUUGGUGAUUCACCCAGUGCUGGUCAGGUAUUCUCAAUUUCUGUUGCUCCAGGAGAUGUAAUCGUAGCUGGGACUGAUGGAUUAUUUGAUAAUUUGUACAAUAAUGACAUUACUGCUGUGGUGGUUCACGCGGUGAGAGCCGGGUUUGGCCCCCAGGUAAUGGCUCAAAAGAUAGCAGCUUUGGCCCGACAAAGGGCACAGGAUAAGGACAGGCAGACACCUUUCUCUGCUGCUGCACAGGAAGCCGGGUUUCGCUAUUAUGGUGGCAAGCUUGAUGAUAUUACUGUUGUUGUAUCCUAUAUUACCACCUCCAAAUACGAUGAGUCUAUACCAUCCAGUUUGGCGUAGCCACUGAAGCAGUUAGUUUUUUCAGCUUGAAUCUUCGUGGCAACAAUCAACCAGACAUUCUUGGUUUGGUCAGAUAUUUUGUAAAGAGUCACGGUGUAUUGUCACAAAUGUAAAUAAUGAUAGGGUGAUAGAGUGAUUUACCAUGUUGUCUUGUGUUCUUGAGGAGCACAAAAUAGAAGCAAUAAAUUGUAGUGAUAGGGAGUUGACCCUUUAUAGAAUUGUUUGGCUGUUGACUGGUUUUGAUGAUUAAGAAAGAUUUUUAAAAUAUAAGAAGGUGCAAAGUUGCUUUUAGUA